AUGCAUUUGAAAACUGGAUUAAUAUUAUUGAUCAUUUGCCUUGCUCUCCAAGUUCAGGGAAGCAGAGAAAUUCCUAAUAAAAUAAACCGUGCUGAAGCCAAACACCUUGCAGUCACCUCAGGGUCAGACAAAACAGAGAGAACAACAAAGCGGUCCAGGAUAUCAACCAUAAGGCGGAUAUUUGACAUGGCAAAACACCGAACAAAGAGGUCAUCCUUUUUCUCAACUGGUGUGAAAGUUUGCCCACAAGAAUCAGUGAAGCAGAUUUUAGCCAGUCACCAAGCUUACUAUAGACUAAGAGUCUGCCAGGAAGCUGUGUGGGAAGCCUUUCGUAUUUUUCUGGAUCGGAUUCCUGAUACUUCUGAAUAUCAGAACUGGGUUACUGCCUGUCAGAGGGAAACAUUUUGCAUAUUCGACAUUGGCAAAAACUUCAGCAAUUCCCAAGAACACCUGGAAAUAAUUCAACGGCGAGUAAAACAUAGAACCUUCCAGGAAAGGAAAGAUGAAAUAGCAGCAGACAAAACAGGAGGCAAAAAGGUGGACGACAUUCCCUCCAUUUCUACAGGCUCUCCUGGCACACCCCUCUCUCCGUAUGCACCUAAUGGCACGUUGCUCAAUGAAAUUUUCAACGACACAAAGGCUCCUGUGAAGGAGCUGGGGACAAAUGCAGUCCCUGAACUGCCUGUUGAGCAAAUGGUGGAAUUCAGUGUCACUCUCACUGACCAGGAGUACACAGCUGAACUUAGUGACCCCAACUCCCCAGAGUACCAACAACUAGCUGCCAAAUUUCAGCUACAGAUGAAAAAAAUAUUUGAGAAACUUCCAGGAUUCAAAGAAAUCCGCGUGUUAGGAUUCAGACAGAAGAAGGAGAAAGAUGGAUCGAGCAGCACCGUGGCACGAUACGUGGUGAACUUUGAGAGAGAUGGCUCAGGAGCCAUAGGCACAGCAGAUGACAUCUCAACUAUUGGGUCUAAUAAGGUUGAAAGUGAAAAAAUGCCAAUUUCUCCUGUUGAAGAGAGGGAAAUAUCAGCAACUAAACUGACAGUAACAGACCUCCAGCAGCUGGUUGCCUCUGCACUCCAUGAAGACCAGUCCCUGCCAGUGGACCUUGGAACACUUCAGUUUACUGAUGAAACUAUUAUACCACCUAGUGAUUUAGACAAUGAUAUCCAAGGCGUGGUCACUAUUCCUCUGGCAGGCCCUGAUUUGGAGGAGCUCCCACUAGGUUAUCCUAGUCCAGCAACAGUGGAUCAAAGAGGAGAUGUAUUUGUUGGUGAAUUUACAACUGAAAGCCCUGAUCUAAGUGAAGAGAUCAGCAUCCCUGAAGAAUUUAAUAAUUUUAUUACAUCUGAACCUGAUUUUCCCACCAAACCCUCCAGAGAACCAUUUCAGGACAGAUAUCCAUACACCCAAGUUAUUGCUACCGACCACCCAAGUUUCACCGUGCCUUUCAGUGCUCUGGGCAGCACCAGCAGUCCUCCAAAACCAGGGGAUUCCUAUUUGCCUCCCCCAGCAGAUGAUUCUGCUGGCAAAGACUUACUCACUGAUGGCUAUGAGUCCCCAGUGGAGCUGGCUGCUGCAGGGAGCUUCACCACACCCGGUCUCCUGCCUGCUGGAGAGGGGGAGAGUGCAGCUGAGGAGAAGCAAGAGCUGACUGAUACAGCAGAGCCUCCUUCCAAGGAAGCUGAGCAGGACAGCCUGUCUGGACAAGCAGUUAAGAUCAUGGAAGAACUGGAAUCAUCAGGCGAUGACAUUUUUGUUACAGCCAGCAUUUAUGACAGGUUGCCUUUCUUUACUGGUCCAAGCGACGUCUCCACCGUGCAGCCUGGAGCUGUCAUUACAGAUGUGCUGCCAUCAAUAGCACCGCUGCCUGCAGCCACCAGCCCCUCCUACAGCCCCUCCGAGAUCAUUGAGCAGUCCCUUGAGUCACCAGAUUCCUCAGCAGCAGCCCCUGAGGGCGCUGCCGUGGAUGGCACCGGGAUGGGAGUGCAGGACAUCGCUGCCGAGCUGGACCACAUGGGCACCAUGAGCACGGCGGCGCUGGACGAAGGGGAGCAGGGCAGUGCUUACAUCCCAGUGCUGACCACUGAGCCUGCAGAAACCACCCCAGCACCUGUGCUCAAGUAUGUCACUACCAGCUCCAUGACAACUGCAGCCAAAGGCAAAGAGCUCGUGGUGUUCUUCAGCCUGAGGGUCACCAACAUGCAUUUCUCCGAUGACCUCUUCAACAGGAGCUCGACAGAAUACAAAGCACUGGAACAGCAGUUCAUGCAAUUGCUACUUCCAUACCUUCAGUCCAACCUUACAGGUUUUAAGCACUUGGAAAUUCUCAACUUCAGGAACGGAAGUGUGAUUGUGAACAGCAAAAUGAAGUUUGCCAAGACAGUGCCAUACAAUAUCACAGAAGCAGUUCACUGUGUUUUGGAAGAUUUCUGUGAUGCUGCAGCCCAGCACCUCAAUCUGGAGAUUGACAGCUAUUCCUUGGAUAUUGAACCAGCUGAUCAGGCAGACCCCUGCAAAUUCAUGGCAUGUGACAAGUUCUCGGAGUGCGUAAUGAACGAGUGGACAAAAGAGGCGGACUGCCUGUGCAAGCCCGGCUAUGCCAGCCAGGAUGGAUUGCCCUGCCGGAGCCUGUGCGAGCUGGAGCCCCAUCUCUGCAUCAACGGUGGGAAAUGUGAGCUGGUUCCAGGAAGAGGAGCUGUCUGCAGGUCCCCAGAUGAGUUUACAAAACCAAGACUGACAAGUUAG